AAGAAAGAUAUAUAAACAAGCUAUCCGAAACAAGAAAAGAACCAGAAAAUGCUGCUGAGAAGAUCCCUCCGCAAAACUAGAUAUAUCUUCCAGAAAACCUUGAGGAAACUCAAGUCUUUUCUCUUUGGAAGGUAUCAAAAGCUGCCUAAAGCCCCUUUUAUCAAUCCCUUUUUCUCUGGCAGCAAUAGCUGUCGAAAGAUGCAGGAAUUAGAUGAUUUCUACAGAGAGUUCUCUGAUCAAUGGGCUAUUCUGGACACAAGUACACUACCACCAAGAGUACCAAUGGUGGAAGAUGUGGAAUGCAGUGAAAAUCAUACUAGAGCGACAGUGCAGAUUAUUGUGGAUAACACAGAUAUAAAGGCAAGAAAGGAAGAGAAGAUGGUCUUCAAGCGCCAUGAGAGGAAAAGGGAAGAAGCCUGUGGUCAUACAGAAAAUGCAGGUAGCCAAAGUUUAGCACAGAAGAUGAAGGAUCUAGACAUGUUUGAAUUGAAUGAUGUGGAUCAUCAGUUGGACGUAGAGGAGGUGCUUCACUAUUAUUCUCGUCUUACUUGCCCGGCUUACCUUGAUAUAGUUGAUAAAUUUUUCAUGGACAUGUAUUCUGAAUUCAUCCUUCCACAACCCUCUGUCAGCGGUAACAGUUCAAUGCGGAGACUUCAACCUGUGAAGCUCUAGAACUCAAGCCCAUUUAUUCACACGCUCUUAUAUAAGUUCUGAUUUUUUUGUCUGCUUAUUCCUCUGCCUGUUUGUCUAUGUGUGGUUAUCUGUAGAUGUAUACUCAUACUGGAGCUACAGCUACUUGCUCAACAAUAAUUUUUCACCC